AUAUUGCAGUAGCUGACAGAUGGAAUCUGCCCCAAAUGUUGGGGACACGUCUUCAUAAAAAUAUGCUGCCAGAGACCAUAGGACAAUGACGUAGUUUAAAACGCAAGCGUGACCUCACUAGCAUGAAGGUUCGCCCGCAGGGCGGAGCAGAUCAUGCUGAGUUGCUUUACUGAAUUAUUCACAUUGUGCUUAUUCUAAUCAGCCCAUUAUGCCUUGCAAAUUUUUCUCAUAGAGCUUCCUUUCUAAAGAACUGUAAUUAUCAAGGACAGCAUCCAGGGCAUGUGGGCUGCUCAGUCUCCUGCAGGCAGGAGCUUUAUUCUGUAAAAGCAUUCUCUCCAUUUAACCGAUCACUUCCCCACUGUAACAUUAAAAACAAGAGAUCUAUGUACAGAGAUGGCAAUCUUGAGUCACUUCAAAGGCAGAAUGGCUGAGGUGUAAGGAAGUGGGGGUCUGAGAGGUAAUAUAACAAGCCAGAGAAUGACUGGUAUAAAGGUACUUGAAGCUUUUAAAAGUUUUUCAAGCUUUAAAAAAGAAUGUGAAUCUGGAGGCAAGAUUUAGCCUGACUACUGACAGCAUGUCCACCUAAACUGUCUGUUCACUGUGGAAACAGGACGUCCCUCACUUCAGACUCUCCCUUCAGAAUGAAGGUUUUCCUCCUGGCCGCCCUGCUGAGCGCCGCCACUGCUCAGCCCAUCCCUCUUGACCAAUCUGGAGGAAGCUCCAGUGAACAGAGAUUCAACUUUCUCCCACCACAAAUCCCGCCCUUCUUUCCUCAGUUUCCCUUCCCCCAGGCUCCUCCUCUGAAUCCAGUCCCGUUUCCCUUCCCUCUUGAUCCGAAUCAGAUUCCAAUUCCGAUUCCCUUCCCUUUUGAUCCAAAUCAGGUUCUGACACCUAAUCAACUUAUAACGCUAAUCGCUUCGAUUUUGAACCAACUGCAGGGCUUCCUUGGGAAAUAAUUCUCGGUUACAGCUGAAGUCACACAUGGUGGUGCUGAGUUUUGUCCAGGUUACCCGUUCUAAGUUAUCUGCAGCUUGGAACAGUCUUACCAUCUUGAAUACUCUGAAGAAAGUUCUGUGAAACUUCAAACAGCACAGCGAAAUCUAUUAUCUACAGACCAUCUGCUCUAAAUAAAAUUGUCACUAAAACAUCUGUGUGGCUUUCAGUGCACAUGUUUUAUGGCUGCUCAAAGCUUCUCGAGAGUCUUAGAAAGGAGCUCAGUCUCGGUGCUGGGAAAUGGCGUUCUCUCCAAGCCGGCUUCACCCAGUGCCUCCUGAGCACCCAUCUUCAUCGGGUCCA